CGGACUGCAACCGGCGGGAGUUUUUCAAAAUGGGAGCGCGGAGGCACCGCCCAGGCCUCGGAAGGUGCCCGGGAGACCUUUCGGUGGCUGUGCUGUUGUCGCCGGGAGCGGCGGCCUAGAGAGCCGAACCUGAUGGGCGCCAAGAACUGCUGGCUGCUUGGAGUCUUGCCUCGAAGGGACUGCGUGCAGGGAGCUGAGCCCGGGAGCCCACGCCGGGGCCUGGAAACAUGGCGACCUGCAUCGGGGAAAGGAUCGAGGAUUUUAAAGUUGGAAAUCUGCUUGGUAAAGGAUCAUUUGCUGGUGUCUACAGAGCUGAGUCUAUUCACACUGGUUUGGAAGUUGCAAUCAAAAUGAUAGAUAAGAAAGCCAUGUACAAAGCCGGAAUGGUACAGAGAGUCCAAAAUGAAGUGAAAAUACAUUGCCAAUUGAAACAUCCUUCUAUCUUGGAGCUGUAUAACUAUUUUGAAGAUAGCAAUUAUGUUUACCUAGUAUUAGAAAUGUGCCAUAAUGGAGAAAUGAACAGGUAUCUAAAGAACAGAAGGAAGCCAUUCUCAGAAAACGAAGCUCGGCACUUCAUGCACCAGAUCAUCACAGGAAUGUUGUAUCUCCAUUCUCAUGGUAUACUUCACCGGGACCUCACACUUUCUAACCUCUUGCUCACCCGUAAUAUGAACAUCAAGAUUGCCGACUUUGGGCUGGCAACUCAACUGAAAAUGCCACAUGAAAAGCACUAUACGUUAUGUGGAACUCCUAAUUACAUUUCACCAGAAAUUGCAACUCGAAGCGCACAUGGACUUGAAUCUGACAUUUGGUCCCUGGGGUGUAUGUUUUAUACGUUACUGAUUGGGAGACCACCUUUUGACACUGACACGGUCAAGAACACAUUAAAUAAAGUAGUGCUGGCAGAUUAUGAAAUGCCAACUUUUUUGUCAAGAGAAGCCAAGGACCUUAUUCACCAGUUACUUCGUAGAAAUCCAGCAGAUCGCCUAAGUCUGUCUUCAGUAUUAGACCAUCCUUUUAUGUCCCACAAUUCUUCCACAAAAAGUAAGGAUGUAGGAACUGUAGAAGAUUCCAUUGAUAGCGGACACGCCACAAUCUCCACUGCAAUGACAACUUCUUCCAGUACCAGUGUGAGUGGUAGUUUGUUUGACAGAAGAAGACUUCUGAUUGGUCAGCCACUCCCAAAUAAAAUGACUGUAUUUCCAAAGAAUAAGAAUUCAAGUGACUUUUCUUCUUCAGGAGAUGGAAGCAGUUUUUAUACCCAAUGGGGAAAUCAAGAACAAGAAACCAGUAAUAGUGGAAGGGGAAGAGUAAUCCAAGAUGCGGAAGAAAGGCCACGUUCUCGAUACCUUCGCAGAGCCCACUCCUCUGAUAGAUCUGGCACUUCUGAUAGUCAAUCUCGAGCAAACACAUACACGAUGGAACGAUGUCACUCAGCAGAAAUGCUUUCAAAACCCAAAAGAUCCGGAGGAGAUGAAAAUGAAGAAAGAUACUCGCCUAUAAAUAGCAAUGUCAAUAUUUUUCACUUCUUUAAAGAAAAGACAUCCAGUAGUUCUGGGUCUUUGGAUAGACCUGAUAACGAUCAAGCACUGUCCAGUCAUCCUUGUCCAGGAAAAACCCCUUUUCCAUUUCCAGACCAGACAUCUCAGCCUGAAAUAGUGCAACAGUGGUUUGGAAAUCUGCAAAAAAAUGCUCAUUUAAGGGAAACUACUGAGCACAACAGCAUUACCCCAAACAGAAAUUUCCCGGGCCAUCCAGAUUCUCAGGACACAUCGAGAAAUGCCUGGGCUGGUACAAGAGCCAGAAAGAGCCCUGAUGCUCCCAAUAAUGCACCUUCUGCACCACAGCUGAGUCCUGGGAAGUACAUGACUGCAUUUCAAAGUAAACCGGAGAUAACUCAGCAAGAGCCUGUUCUGGGCUUCGAACCUGUUUCUGAACAAAGCAAGACAAGGGUUUUCGAGCCCCCACUGGGUUAUCAGAAACAUACCUUACGAAGCAUUGCGUCUCCUUUGACAGCUCACAGGUUAAAACCAAUCCGCCAGAAAACCAAAAAGGCUGUGGUGAGCAUACUUGAUUCGGAGGACGUAUGUGUGGAGCUUCUAAAGGAGCAUUCAUCUCAGGAAUAUGUGAAAGAAGUCCUUCAUAUAUCUAGUGACGGGAAUAUGAUCACUGUUUAUUAUCCAUAUGAUGGAAGAGGUUUUCCUCUUGCCGAUAGACCGCCAUCACCUACUGAUAACAUCAGUAGGUACAGCUUUGACAAUUUACCAGAAAAGUACUGGCGAAAAUAUCAGUAUGCUUCCAGAUUUGUACAGCUUGUAAGAUCUAAAUCUCCUAAAAUCACUUAUUUUACAAGAUAUGCUAAAUGUGUCUUAAUGGAGAAUUCCCCUGGUGCUGACUUUGAAGUUUGGUUUUAUGAUGGAGCAAAGAUACAUAAAACAGAAGCUUUGAUUCAUGUGAUUGAAAAGACUGGGAAAUCUUACACCUUAAAGGGUGAAAGUGAAAUUAAUAGCUUGAGAAAGGAAAUAAAAAUGUAUAUGGACCAUGCUGAUGAGGGCCAUCGUGUUUGUUUAGCGCUGGAAUCCAUCAUUUCGGAAGAGGAGAAGAGAAGUGGAAGUGCUUCCUUUUUCCCAAUAAUCAUCGGAAGAAAACCGAGCAGCACCAGCUCACCUCAGGCCUUGUCAGCUCCCCCUCCUCCUAAGGAUCCGAACUACCCGAUGAGUAGAAUGAUGGUCAGUAAUGCUGCUUCUCCGAACCAGGCACUAGCACUUAAUCCUUCUAUGGCUACAAGUGAAGGACUUGGCUUUCCUGCUUCAGCUUCUGGGACAAACACCCCUUCUGGUGGUCUAAAAGACUGUCUUCCUAAAUCAGCACAGCCUCUGAAAUCCGUUUUUGUGAAGAAUGUUGGUUGGGCUACACAGUUAACUAGUGGAGCUGUGUGGGUUCAGUUUAAUGACGGGUCCCAGCUGGUCGUGCAGGCAGGAGUGUCUUCUAUCAGUUACACAUCACCGAGCGGUCAGACAACUAGAUAUGGAGAAAAUGAAAUAUUACCAGAAUACAUCAAGCAGAAAUUACAGUGUCUUUCUUCCAUCCUUUUGAUGUUUUCUAAUCCAACUUCUAGUUUUCACUGAUUAAAGCUCCUUUUAGAUAAAUGUUUAAUAAAUAAUGUUUUUAUUGGCUUUCAAGGAAAGUGACUUUUUCUUAUUUAAAAUAACUUCUUCAGAAAGCCUCUCUACAUAAGAGAAUUUUAAUCUGUACCAUAGUGGAUGCAUUCCAAUGAGAGAGCAAAGCAGAAGGAAACCUCAGUCACUUACAGAAUGUAGUGGUCAUCGAUUAAAACAGGACACCUAACUUUGCUCUUAACACAUAUACCCUGAAACGUACUGUGUUCAUAUAUUUGUAUUGAACAGUCUUUUAAAAGCAAAAAUAUAAAUGGUACGUGGUAUAUUUGUGCUUUCAUUGUUUUCCCUACUUCUCAGACAUGUUGAAUCAUGAACAAAACAUGGAGUUUUUAAAUUUUUGAACAUGUAAAUAAUGUGUAUUUAUGUUAUAAGUAACAUAUGUAAAGAUGUAUAUUUGUUUUUAUAUUUAUUUUUGUAGUACCAGUUUCUGGUGAAGCAUUUCU